GUUUGGUGGAAAUUUUAGUCGCGAGUUUACGUUUAUUUAGGUCGAGUGGCGAUCGAUUUUCGUCGGCGAGCUUUUAACCACUCAAAUAGUUAAUGAGAUCUGUUUACACUUGAAAGCGGAAUUGGCGAGAAAGCUGAAAACGAAUAUGGGCCGAUAUUUAACGUGGCGUGAAAUUAUGAACGAAGUCCUCGGGAAAAACGGCGGAUUUUCUUUUUUUUCGGUUCGUUGAGUGCACGGGUAACGAAUCCUGUGGGAAAUAGAGGAAGAAGUGAGAUUGGAAUAUGUUGUUUUUUCUUAAUCGCUCUCUUGAGUAGCAAAAGAAAGAGAUUGGACAUUCUGCAUUUUCUGCAAAGUGAUUUGAUGAUAAUAGUCCAAAAAGUGAUGAUCCGUUUGUUUCCAUCUACCCAGUUGACUAACUUUGGCAAGUUUAGUUUAUACAAGCUGACGAUGUACUGAUAAUGUAGAAGGACUGAGGAUAAAUUAAAGAUAAAUAACGUAUCCUCAAAUGUGUGAACCGGGAAAAAAGGAUUCGUGGCGAUAUACGGCCUCCAAAAACGGUUACCUCAAUGCUAAAAGUGAAGUGCCCGAUACGUCAAACUCGAGAACUACUGUAGUGGAAGUAACUAGGACAGGUACCAAAACUGGUGUGGUGAACAAGAAGAGGCCUGAGAAAGAAAAGUUCCUCAUUGCCUUGAUACUGGCUCUAUUCAUAUUUUGCGGAAUACUCAUGACUAUGGUAUUCAAUAAUAAAAGUCCUUUAUGCUCUGAUAAAAAGUCUUCUGUUUGUCUCACUGAAGAAUGUGUCCGGACGGCAUCAUCUUUAUUAUCCGCAAUGGAUCACAGUAUGGACCCUUGUGUGGAUUUCUUUCAAUACGCUUGUGGAACGUGGAACAAAAAACAUAUUAUACCGGAAGAUAAGAGCUCUAUUAGUACAUUUGAAGUAAUGGCUGACCAGUUACAAGUUGUUCUCAAAGGAGUUUUGGAAGAACCCAUCGGUAUGAACGAUAACGAUGCAACUAGGAAAGCCAAAGUUUUCUACAACUCCUGCAUGGAUUUACGUAACAUAAGGAACGUUGGAGACAAACCUAUAAGAGAAGUACUCAAGCAACUCGGAGAUUGGCCAGUUAUAACGCAGAAUUGGACUGCUCCCUCUUUUUCCGUAGAAGUUUUGAUUGGUUUGAUAAGAAGCCAUUAUAAUGAAGGUUUCAUCAUUGAACAAUGGGUGGGACCUGACGACAAGAACAGCUCGGUGAAUAUAAUUCAGAUGGAUCAGACAGCUCUAGCACUUCCAAGUAGAGAUUACUAUUUGAAAUCCAGCAGUAAAGAAGAUCUGCUAGCAUAUCACAAGUAUAUGACAAAUAUUGCAAUACUUCUUGGUGCCAAUGCGACUUCUGCCGGCGAAGAAUUGCAACAAGUUCUUGACUUUGAAAAAAAAUUGGCUAAUGCAUCCAUUCCAGAACAGGAUAGACAUGACAGUAGUGUAAUAUACAAGAAAUUGAAUUUGAAAGAUUUGGGCAAACUUGUGCCCCAAAUAAAUUGGCUAGAAUAUUUCAGAGCUAUUUUUGAUACUGAUAUCGGCGAGGAAGAGUACGUUGUUGCUUAUGGACUUCCGUAUUUCAUUGAAAUGGGAAAAAUUAUCGCUAACACAGAAAGAAGAAUAAUUCAUAACUACGUUUUAUGGAGAUUAAUUAUGUCGCUUUCCUCACAUCUGAUAGACGAAUACCAGAGGGAACGUGUAGAAUUCAGGAGGAUCUUACAGGGUGUAUCCAGCGAAAGACAUAGAUGGUCGCAAUGUGUCGAAUGGACGAACAAAAAAAUGGGGAUGUCCGUGGGUGCCUUAUACAUAAGAGAUAAUUUUAAUCAUGAAAGUAAGGAAACUGCUUUGCAAAUGAUACAUACAAUUAGAGAAGCAUUCAAUGAAUUAUUAACUGAAAAUCAUUGGAUGGAUGACGAGACUAGAGCUGUUGCUAAAGAAAAAGCUGAUGCUAUGAAUGAAAGGAUCGGCUAUCCCAAAUUGAUAACUGAUAAAGAUGAACUGUACAAAGAAUAUGCGGGUCUGAAUAUAACAAAACUAGAAUUUAUGAAGAAUAUACUCAAUAUCCUCAAAUUUGAAGCGACGCAGAAUUUAGAGAAACUGAGGAAACCUGUUGAUAAAGAAAAAUGGUCUACAGAGCCAGCAAUUGUGAAUGCCUUUUACAACCCUAACAAAAACGAUAUUGUAUUUCCGGCUGGAAUUUUGCAGCCAUUAUUUUAUAGUCAACAUUUUCCUAAAUCGCUGAAUUAUGGCGGUAUUGGUGUCGUUAUUGGACACGAAAUCACACACGGAUUCGAUGAUAAAGGGAGGCAAUUUGAUAAAUAUGGAAACAUGAUGCAGUGGUGGAAUAACGUUACCAUAAAAGCCUUCAGAGAGAGAACACAGUGUAUAAUAGAUCAAUAUUCCCGGUAUAAAAUCCAGGAAGUGGGUCUGUACGUUAAUGGCAGGAUGACGCAAGGAGAGAAUAUCGCAGAUAAUGGAGGCCUCAAACAGUCGUUUAGGGCAUAUCGGAAAUGGGUGUCCCAGCAUGGAGAAGAGCCCGACUUGCCAGGACUCAACUUGACUCAUGACCAGCUAUUUUUCCUGAACUACGCUCAAAUCUGGUGCGGCUCGAUGAGGCCUGAAGACGCUCUAACAAAAGUUAGGUCAAGUGUUCAUUCGCCUGGUCCCAUUAGAGUUUUGGGGCCUUUAUCAAACUCUAAAGACUUUGCUGAAGCUUACAAGUGCCCUAUCGGGUCUCCUAUGAACCCUAGCGAUAAAUGUAGUGUGUGGUAAUAUUCCUAGGACUGGAUUCAAAUUGCACAAAAAAUUUCAGUGCCUCAGCAGUAUUAGAUGAAGUGCAAAUAAUUUAUUCAAUUAUAACGUGUGUCAAAUUUAAAAGUUGUCAGCGGAAAUAUUAAGUCGAGUCUUGAUUUUUUUUUCAUUUCUAUAAUAUUCCUACUGGAUUUUUCUAAUUUGACACACUAUAUAUACAUCCUAUGAUGUACGACGGCAUGGUUGUCUGAAAAAUACUCGUUUUAUUUUUCGGUAUUCAGUGCUAACAACUGAAAUAUUUUUUCAACUCAUUUUCACGUAUAGUUGGCAGUUGAAUGUACUCUGUUUAUCAAUGUU